CCGGCACCGCACACCGCAGUCUCCGAGCUCCAUUCCAGCCACAACGCGCGCGCACACACGCAGCCGAGAGCGCGCUCUCGCUCGCUCGCUCGCCGGCGACGACGACGACAUAGACGUACAGAUACAGGCAGGCAUGGCCGUGUACAUCCGCCUCGACGACGCCGUGCGCGCGCGCCUCCGCGGGGACGGGGGCUGCACCAGCAGCGGCAGCGACCACGACGCCUCCGCCUGCCUCUCCGACCUCGUCCAGGCCUUCCUCGAGACGGACCCCGCCGCCGGCCAAGGGGACGAGGCGCCCGGCCCGGCCCCGAAAGGACGGGACGGGUACGACUCUGACGAUGCCGAUGGCGCCGCGGAGGCGGCCGCGUCCGUGCGGGGGCUGCUCGACCCGCCGGCCGCGGACGACCCCUUCCGGAUCAGGCUGGCGGCCGCCGUGUCCGCGGCGCUCGACGCGGAGGCGCCGCUGCGUGGCCACGGCGCGGCGUUCAGGCGCGCGGUGAUGCGGCGGCUCCGUGCCGCCGGGUACGACGCCGGCGUGUGCACGUCGCGCUGGGAGACGUGCGGCGGCCUGACGGCCGGGACGUACGAGUACAUCGACGUGGUCGUGCCCGGCACGAGCACGGCCGCGGCGAAGGCGGCGAAGCGAAGCAGGUACAUUGUGGACGCGGACUUCCGGGCGGGGCUGGAGGUGGCGCGCGCGACGGCGGAGUACGCGGUGGUCGUGGCCGCGGUGCCGGCGAAGGUCGUCGUCGCGCGGGAGGAGGCCGUGGGCCGAGCCGUGCGCGUGGCCGCCGACGCCGCGCGCCGGUCGCUCCGGUCGCACGGCCUGCACGUGCCGCCGUGGCGCAAGAGCCGCUACAUGCUCGCCAAGUGGCUCGGCCCCUACAAGCGGUCGCCGUCCACCUCGUCGGCGUCCUCCGGGGCAAUGCCGGCGGCCGGCGCCACAGGGAUGGACGUCAUCAAGUGCCGCGCCGUCGGCUUCUUCCCGUCCCAGGCCACCACGCCGGCGGCGAGGAUCAAGUAGCUCCUAGGCGUCCCCGGAAGAUCGACGCCAUAGAUGUAGUAGAGAGAAGAUGAUCGGUCGGUUCGAGCGGGCCUCGAGUUCGUUCUUUUUGUACAAACAUUUUUGGUCUAGUUGAUUAUGAAAAAGAGCAAAUUGUUCUUCCAUCCA